AACACCGGAAGAGGAAGUUUGGGUUCGCUUGUUGUCCGCUCGUGUUAGCUUUUGUUACGUUUGAGAAACGCAAGUUUCUUCACACAACUGAAAAGUGUCUAUACCUAAAAUUGAAGCCCUGUGCCGAUGCUAACAGCGUCCCAGUAGGGAGGCAGAGUGCACUGAACUCUGAGUCGGCGGCCUGGUUCACGCGGAGCGGGGGAAGCUGAAGGAAAAGUCGCACCAUGGCGGAUGUUACUGCGCGUAGCCUGCAGUAUGAGUACAAAGCGAACUCCAACUUGGUGUUGCAAGCGGAUCGCUCUCUGAUCGACCGGACGCGGAGGGAUGAGCCCACCGGAGAGGUGCUUACCCUGGUGGGGAAGCUGGAGGGGACCAAGAUGGGGGACAAGGCUCAGAGGACCAAACCUCAGAAGCUCGAGGAGAGACGAGACAAGAGACGAAAAAGAGACGAGGACAGACACGACAUCAACAAAAUGAAAGGCUUUACCCUUCUGUCCGAGGGCAUCGAUGAAAUGGUGGGCAUUGUGUACAAGCCUAAAACCAAAGAAACCAGAGAAACUUAUGAAGUACUGCUCAGCUUCAUCCACGCUGCUUUAGGAGAUCAGCCGCGUGAUAUUCUGUGUGGAGCAGCUGAUGAAGUGUUGGCAGUGCUGAAGAACGACAAAAUGAGAGAUAAAGAAAGGCGGCGUGAAGUCGAGCAGCUUCUUGGACCUUCUGAUGACACGCGCUAUCACGUGCUGGUCAAUCUGGGAAAAAAGAUCACAGACUAUGGAGGAGACAAGGAUUUACAGAAUAUGGAUGACAACAUUGAUGAAACAUAUGGUGUCAAUGUGCAGUUUGAAUCUGAUGAAGAGGAAGGGGAUGAAGACCAGUUUGGAGAAGUACGAGAUGAACACUCAGACGAAGACAGUGAAGGAGAGGAAGCAUGUGUGUCCACUACACUUACAGCCAAUCUCGGAGAAACAGGUGAUGUGAUGACCGUGAAGAAAAAAGAUUUACAUCCUCGAGACAUCGAUGCCUUUUGGCUCCAGCGUCAGCUCAGUCGUUUCUAUGACGAUGCCAUUGUCUCUCAAAAGAAAGCGGAUGAAGUCUUAGAAAUCCUCAAGACUGCCAGUGAUGACAGAGAAUGUGAGAACCAGCUGGUGCUGUUGUUGGGCUUCAACACAUUCGAUUUCAUUAAAAUCCUCCGUCAGCACCGUCGCAUGAUUCAGUAUUGUACCAUGCUGGCGAGCGCUCAGAGUGAAGCAGAAAAGGAACGGAUCAUAGGGAAAAUGGAGUCGGAUCAGGAGCUGUCAAAGAUCCUCUACCAGCUUCAGGAGACAGAGAAGGAGGACAUCAUUCGGGAAGAGCGAUCUCGCAGGGAGAGGGUGAGGAAGUCUCGCGUUGAUGACUUGGAAGCAAUGGACAUUGGCCAUGGAGAGUCAGUGGUGCCUCGACAACUUCUGGACCUUGAAGACUUGACCUUCACUCAGGGUAGCCAUUUCAUGGCCAACAAACGUUGCCAGCUCCCAGAUGGAUCUUUUCGUAAGCAGCGCAAAGGUUAUGAAGAGGUUCAUGUGCCCGCCCUCAAGCCUAAACCCUUUGCUGACAAUGAGGUGCUCCUUGCCAUUGAGAAGUUACCAAAAUAUGCUCAAGCUGGAUUUGAAGGGUUCAAAACUCUGAACCGCAUUCAGAGCAAGCUGUUUAAGACCACCAUGGAGACAGAUGAAAACCUGCUAGUGUGUGCACCUACGGGAGCUGGUAAGACCAAUGUUGCCCUGAUGGCCAUGCUGAGAGAAAUUGGGAAACACAUAAACCUGGAUGGGACGAUCAAUUUGGAUGAUUUUAAAAUCAUCUACAUUGCACCCAUGCGCUCACUUGUACAGGAAAUGGUGGGAAGUUUUAGUAAGAGGUUAGCAAGUUACGGCAUCACAGUGUCUGAGCUGACAGGAGACCACCAGCUCUGUAAAGAGGAGAUCAACGCCACCCAGAUCAUAGUUUGCACCCCUGAGAAAUGGGACAUCAUCACUCGGAAAGGCGGAGAUCGUACCUACACCCAGCUAGUGCGCCUCAUUAUCAUUGAUGAGAUCCACCUGCUGCACGACGACCGCGGACCUGUGCUGGAAUCCCUGGUGGCGAGGACCAUCCGCAAUGUGGAGCUGACCCAGGAGGAUGUGCGUCUGAUCGGUCUCAGCGCCACACUGCCCAACUAUGAGGACGUAGCAACCUGCCUGCGUGUUGAUCCUGCAAAGGGACUCUUCUAUUUUGACAACAGUUUUCGUCCUGUGCCUCUGGAGCAAACGUAUGUUGGCAUCACAGAAAAGAAGGCCAUCAAACGUUUCCAGAUCAUGAAUGAGAUUGUCUAUGAGAAGAUAAUGGAGCACGCUGGAAAGAACCAGGUGCUAGUGUUUGUUCACUCUAGGAAAGAGACAGGAAAGACCGCCAGAGCAAUAAGGGACAUGUGUUUGGAGAAAGACACCCUGGGUCUGUUCCUCAGAGAGGGUUCAGCAUCCACUGAAGUGUUGAGAACUGAGGCAGAGCAAUGCAAAAACCUCGAGUUGAAAGAUCUGCUUCCUUAUGGUUUUGCUAUCCACCAUGCUGGUAUGACCCGAGUCGACCGUACGCUGGUGGAGGAUUUGUUCGCCGAUCGACACAUUCAGGUUCUGGUUUCUACAGCCACUCUGGCUUGGGGUGUCAACUUGCCCGCACAUACUGUCAUCAUCAAAGGAACCCAGGUUUACAGCCCAGAGAAAGGCAGAUGGACUGAGCUGGGAGCACUGGACAUUUUACAGAUGCUUGGUCGAGCUGGUCGUCCCCAGUAUGACACCAAAGGAGAGGGAAUCCUGAUCACGUCCCAUGGAGAGCUGCAGUAUUAUCUGUCUCUGCUCAACCAGCAGCUGCCCAUUGAGAGUCAGAUGGUGGGAAAGCUGCCGGACAUGCUCAACGCAGAGAUAGUGCUGGGAAAUGUUCAGAAUUCAAAGGAUGCAGUGAACUGGCUCGGCUACACCUACUUGUAUGUGCGGAUGCUCCGUAACCCCACGCUGUACGGUGUUUCUCAUGAUGACCGGAGUACUGACCCCCUGCUGGAGAGGCGCAGAAUGGACCUGGUGCACACAGCAGCCAGUGUCCUGGACAAAAACAGCCUGAUCAAAUACGACAAAAGGACAGGCAGCUUCCAGGUUACAGACCUGGGACGCAUUGCAAGCCACUUCUACAUCACCCACGACUCGAUUCAGACCUACAACCAGCUGCUGAAACCCACUCUGAGUGAGAUCGAGCUCUUCAGAGUCUUUUCGCUCUCCUCAGAGUUCAGGAACAUCAACGUCAGAGAGGAGGAAAAGCUGGAGCUUCAAAAGCUCCUGGAGAGAGUUCCUAUCCCUGUGAAGGAGAGCAUUGAGGAGCCGAGUGCUAAGAUUAAUGUUCUGCUCCAGGCGUUCAUCUCUCAGCUCAAACUUGAAGGUUUUGCUCUGAUGGCAGACAUGGUGUACGUCACACAGAGUGCUGGACGAUUAAUGCGAGCCAUAUUUGAGAUUGUGCUCAACCGAGGCUGGGCUCAGCUCACGGACAAAACCAUGAAUCUCUGCAAGAUGAUUGACAAAAGGAUGUGGCAGUCAAUGUCUCCUCUGCGGCAGUUCAAGAAGCUGCCGGAGGAGGUGGUCAAGAAGAUCGAGAAGAAAAACUUCCCCUUCGAGCGGCUCUAUGAUCUCAACCACAAUGAGAUUGGUGAACUGAUCCGAAUGCCGAAGAUGGGUAAAACCAUUCACAAGUAUGUCCACCAGUUUCCCAAACUGGACCUGGCUGUCCACAUUCAGCCCAUCACUCGCUCCACACUCAAAGUGGAGCUCACCAUCACGCCUGAUUUCCAGUGGGAUGACAAGAUUCACGGAUCGUCUGAAGCUUUCUGGAUCCUGGUUGAGGAUGUGGACAGCGAGGUCAUCCUCCACCACGAGUACUUCCUCCUUAAAGCCAAGUACGCACAGGACGAGCACCUCGUGACGUUCUUUGUCCCCGUGUUUGAGCCUUUGCCUCCUCAGUACUUCAUCCGUGUGGUCUCAGACCGAUGGCUUUCCUGUGAGACUCAGCUUCCUGUGUCCUUCCGUCAUCUUAUCCUACCAGAGAAGUACCCACCACCCACUGAGCUGCUGGAUCUGCAGCCGCUGCCUGUCACGGCUCUCAGGAACUCGGCCUUUGAAGCUCUUUACCAGAACAAGUUCCCCUUCUUCAACCCUAUACAGACACAAGUGUUCAAUGCUGUGUACAACAGUGAUGAUAAUGUCUUUGUGGGAGCUCCAACUGGCAGUGGGAAGACGAUUUGUGCAGAGUUUGCCAUUUUGAGAAUGCUGCUGCACAACGCAGAAGGUCGCUGUGUUUACAUCACACCAAUGGAAGCGUUGGCUGAGCAGGUGUUCAUCGACUGGCAUCAGAAGUUCCAGGACAUUCUGAACAAAAAGGUGGUUCUGCUCACAGGAGAGACCAGCACAGAUCUGAAGCUCUUAGGAAAAGGAGACAUUAUUAUCAGCACUCCUGACAAAUGGGACAUCUUGUCCCGUCGCUGGAAACAGAGGAAGAACGUCCAGAACGUCAGCCUUUUCGUUGUGGAUGAGACGCACCUUAUUGGAGGAGAAAACGGACCUGUGUUGGAGGUCAUCUGCUCCAGGAUGAGAUACAUCUCCUCUCAAAUUGAGCGUCCCAUCCGCAUCGUGGCUCUGAGCUCAUCUCUGUCCAACGCCAAAGACGUGGCCCACUGGCUGGGCUGCAGCACCACAGCUACGUUCAACUUCCACCCCAAUGUCAGACCCGUUCCUCUGGAGCUGCACAUCCAGGGCUUUAAUGUCAGCCAUACUCAGACUCGCCUGCUGUCCAUGGCGAAGCCCGUUUACCACGCCAUCAUGAAGCACUCUCCCUCCAAGCCGGUGCUGGUGUUCGUCCCGUCUCGCAGACAGACUCGCCUCACUGCCAUCGAUAUCCUCACUUUCUGUGCUGCUGACGUCGUUCCUCAGAGGUUCUUACAUUGUAAAGAAAAGGAUUUGGCUCCAUUCAUGGAUAAAAUAAAUGAUCCGACUCAUAAAGAGACGCUGGCCAACGGUGUGGGAUACCUGCACGAAGGCCUGUCUGCGACUGAGCGCAAGAUAGUGGAGCAGCUUUUUAACGCCGGGGCCAUUCAGGUGGUGGUCUCGUCUCGCUCGCUCUGCUGGGGCAUCAACAUCUCUGCACACCUCGUCAUCGUCAUGGACACCCAGUACUACAAUGGAAAAAUCCAUGCAUAUGUGGACUAUCCCAUAUACGAUGUCCUCCAGAUGGUGGGCAAGGCAAACAGACCCAUGCUGGAUGAUGAGGGACGCUGUGUCAUCAUGUGUCAGGGCUCUAAAAAGGACUUCUUCAAGAAGUUUCUUUAUGAGCCCCUGCCAGUGGAGUCUCACUUGGAUCACUGUCUCCACGACCACUUCAACGCUGAGAUCGUCACCAAGACGGUGGAGAACAAGCAGGACGCUGUGGACUACCUGACAUGGACAUUCCUCUACCGCCGAAUGACACAAAACCCCAACUACUACAACCUGCAAGGUAUGUCCCAUCGCCACCUCUCAGACCACCUGUCCGAGCUGGUGGAAAACACACUGCAUGACCUGGAGCAGUCCAAAUGCAUCAGCAUCGAGGAUGAAAUGGACGUGGCGCCCCUCAAUCUGGGCAUGAUUGCAGCGUACUACUACAUCAACUACACAACCAUUGAGUUAUUCAGCAUGUCUCUGAAUGCCAAGACCAAGAUCCGUGGGUUAAUCGAGAUCAUCUCCAACGCAGCGGAGUAUAAGAACAUUCCCAUCAGGCACCACGAGGACACGCUUCUCCGACAGUUGGCACAAAAAGUGCCCCACAAGCUGAACAACCCAAGGUUCAACGAUCCUCACGUGAAGACGAACCUGCUGCUGCAAGCGCACCUCUCCAGGAUGCAGCUGAGUGCUGAGCUCCAGUCGGACACUGAAGAUAUUCUAAACAAGGCGAUCCGUCUGAUCCAGGCCUGCGUGGACGUGCUGUCCAGUAACGGCUGGCUGAGUCCUGCCCUGGCUGCUAUGGAGCUGGCCCAGAUGGUCACUCAGGCCAUGUGGUCCAAGGACUCGUAUCUGAAGCAGCUGCCCCACUUUACCUCAGAGCACAUCAAGAGGUGCACAGACAAGGGUGUGGAGAGCAUCUUCGACAUCAUGGAAAUGGAGGACGAGGACAGAAGUGCUUUGCUGCAGCUCUCAGAUGCUCAGAUGGCCGAUGUGGCUCGCUUCUGUAAUCGUUACCCCAAUAUCGAGCUGUCGUAUGAAGUGGCAGAGAAGGACAAUGUCAAAUGUGGCAGUCCGGUUCUGGUUCAGGUUCAGCUCGAGCGAGAAGAGGAAGUUACUGGUCCUGUGAUUGCACCACUCUUCCCACAGAAACGUGAGGAGGGCUGGUGGGUGGUCAUUGGAGACCCCAAAUCUAACAGCCUGAUUUCCAUCAAGAGGCUGACCCUCCAGCAGAAGGCAAAGGUCAAGCUGGAUUUUGUCGCACCCUUGAUGGGCAUUCACAACUACACCCUGUACUUCAUGAGUGACGCGUACAUGGGCUGUGACCAGGAGUACAAGUUCAGCAUUGAUGUGAAGGAGGCCGACAGCGAGGGAGACAGUGAUUCAGACUAAACAGGACCUUCUGGACCCGUUUUCUUUGUUUUCAUUUAAAAGUGGGAUUCAAGGGGGUAUUUUUUUUUUCUGUAGAUAUUUAACUUGGUUUUUGUUUUGUUGCCUCUGGCUGGUAGCGUGUCACGUUAUGUCUUUGGUUAUAUUAAAAGGACAAUGUUAUUUGAGAACUUUUUUUAAUGAUCGGAUUGAUGGACGUCAGGCCUGUGUACAGGAAGUGUUAGAAUCAAAUUUCUAGAAACACGACAGACUUCCUGGUUGUAUCCACAGAAGCAACUGUUUUCCGUGUAGAAAUAACUUUGUAAUUAAUCUGAAGUCUCUGUUUCUCAAAAUUAGUUUAAACAAAGAUGGUGCAGUUGAUUGGAAAACAAAGCACUGUCCUGUUGUGGAUUUAAAAUGUCUGGCUCUGUCCAAAAUCUGUUUUUAAUAAAACAAUACCACAAA